AUGUCAGCAAAGCUUCACCCCCCAUCGAAACCAUCACAGCCAAAGUCCAAUCCUCUACCCCCUCUCAUCCAGACCCCUUCUGGCCUCGCCCUUCUCGAACUUCAGGGCACCAUCAACCUGCCCCAGUCCAAGGACGGCCAAGCACUCAGCGGCAUCGAAAUCGGCAGGAUCGACUUUCCGGACUUCGUACCCGACGCCGAGGGUUCAGCGUGGAUGAAGCGCGUCCACAUGUACGUCGGCCAGCACCAGCGUCUGACGGGGGAGGUGAAGAAGCUGCCCAAUGCCAUUGCCGUGAUAAGUCGGCGCGAGAACAGGGUGCUAGAGAACUCGGCGGGGACGUACCUGGAGGAAGGGGAGAACCUGGAGGUAGUCGAGAUUGUCAAGUACAAGAUUAUGUUUUCAACCCGGCCCGAGCCCGUGGGGGCGACGAAUGCGUCUUAG